UGGUAUAUCUCAAAUCCCUACUUAACAUACCUCAAACACCUACUAAAUAUACCCUAAAUAUCUAAUUGGUAUAUCCCAAAAACCUACUUGGCGUACCUUAAACACCUAUUUAACUACCCCAAAUUCCUACUUUAUAUAACCAAAAUACCUGUUUGGUAUAUCUAUUGAUAGCUCAAAUACCUAUUGAUCUCAAUUUAAAAAGGCCAGUUUAAACUGGUUUCGCUUGAGAAUCCGUGUAGCAGUGUAGGUUAAACUUAAUCCCACCUAUUUAAAAUUAAUCUGCAAAUUGCCCUUUUUUUGGCGGUUAAACCUCAGUUUCUAGGGUUUGUUCGUAGUCUAGAAUUGUGAAACCUGUCAGUUUAAUCGCGGCCAUGGACGUGGAUAUGGAGACUUCGCCAAGCUACUUCGAUCCCCAUGACCUCAACAUCAGGGAGCAGUAUCGUCGUUACGGAAAGAUAAGUAGCACUUCACCACUUCGAAGUAGUCCUGCCUCUAGCUUUGGUGAAGGUAGGAUGUCCAAUACUGCAUUGUAUCUAGAAGACAUUAAACAAGAGGCUGAAAGCCUGGAUUAUAGAGAAACAACUCCUUCACGAACACAUUCAGCUUACAAAGGAAGAUCAUUUGAUGUUCAGUUAACUCCAGAACUGCAUAGUGCCAUUGACUCAUCUCAUCAAGGUGGAAUUUAUUCAUCAAAAGCGUGCAAACUUGAGGAGGAUGUACAUGAUGCUAGUGAAUCUACAUUCUCUUUGUUUGCAUCUCUUCUGGAUUCUGCCAGUCAAGGGCUUAUAUCUAUGCCUGAUCUUAUUCUUCAGUUUGAGAAAUCAUGCCGUGAUGUUUUUGAAUCUAUGAGGUAUGGCUCUAGUGAGAGAUAUCGGAUUGUAGAAGACAGAUUAAUGCGACAAAAAGCUCAAUUAUUACUUGACGAAGCUGCUUCGUGGUCACUUCUUUGGUAUAUCUAUGGAAAAGGAAGUGAAGAAAUUCCUGAAGAUCUUAUUAUGGCCCCGACAACUUCACAUCUGGAAGCUUGUCAGUUUGUUGCCAAUGAUCUCACAGCACAAUUGUGCCUUCGAAUUGUUCUGUGGCUUGAAGAUCUAGCGUCUAAAGCCCUAGACUUGGAGAGCAAGGUGCAUGGAUCUCAUGUUGGUACUUAUCUUCCAAGCUCUGGCAUUUGGCAUAAUACUCAGCGACAUCUUAAGAAAAAUGAAAUAGGUUUAAAAACUGUCAAACACUUGGAUUUUGAUGCUCCAACACGAGAAAAUGCGCUGCCGUUGCCGGAUGAUAGAAAACAAGAUGAAUCUCUAUUGGAAGAUGUUUGGAUUCUGUUAAGAGCUGGAAGAUUGGAAGAAGCAUGUGAGCUCUGCAGAUCUGCAGGACAGCCAUGGAGGGCUGCAAGUUUAUGCCCUUUUGGAGGAAUGGACCUAGUCCCAUCUGUUGAAGCAUUGUCGAAGAAUGGAAAAAACAGAAUCCUACAAGCGAUUGAACUGGAAAGUGGAAUCAGUCGCCAGUGGCGCCUUUGGAAAUGGGCAUGUUACUCUGCCUCUGAGAGGAUUGCAGAGCAGGGAGGUGGAAAAUAUGAAGCAGCAGUAUAUGCAGCUCAGUGUAGCAACUUGAAGCGUAUGCUUCCAACAUGCAUGGACUGGGAGUCAGCAUGUUGGGCAAUGGCCAAGUCAUGGCUUGAUGUCAAGGUGGACAUAGAAUUGGCUAGUUUGCAGCCUGGACGAAUGGAACUCCUGAAAAAUUUCGAAGAUGCUUAUGGUGCUAGUCUUGAUCAAAAAGUUGGCAGUUGUGGGAGGCCAGACAACUGGCCAUUACAAAUUCUGAAUCAGCAACCAAGGAAUCUUUCUUCUCUUAUUCAAAAACUUCACUCCAGUGACAUGGUACGUGAAGCGGUUGCUCGUGGAUGCAAAGAGCAGCACCGCCAGAUUGAGAUGAUUCUUAUGUCCGGAGAUAUACCUCGUUUAUUAGACCUUAUAUGGUCAUGGAUUGCACCCUCAGAUGAUGAUCAAAAUGCCUUCAGGCCUCACGGAGAUCCGCAUAUGAUUCGUUUUGGAGCUCAUUUAGUACUGGUGCUUAGACUUUUGUUUGGAGAUGAAAUGAGGGAUAAUUUUAAAGAGAAACUAAUGAAUGUUGGUGAUCUUAUUCUUAACAUCUAUGCUAUGUACCUAUUUGCGCAACAACAUGAGGAGUUGGUUGGUAUUUAUGCUUCACACCUGGCAUCCCAUCGUUGCAUUGAUCUAUUUGUGCACAUGAUGGAGUUACGGAUGAAUGCCAGCAUACAUGUUAAGUACAAAUUGUUUCUAUCCGCAAUGGAGUAUUUGCCGUUUUUUCCCGGAGAUGAAUCAAAAGGAAGCUUUGAGGAAAUUAUUGAAAGCAUAUUGUCAAGAUCUCGAGAAAUCAAAGUUUGCAAGUACGAUAACUCAGAAGAUGUUGUGGAACAGCACAGGUUGCAGUCACUUGAUAAAGCUAUGGCCAUACAGUGGCUCUGCUUUGAACCCCCGUCCACAAUUGAUGAUGUUGAAACCAUUGGUGCAAGGCUUCUUCUACGAGCUCUUAUGCACAGUAACAUACUCUUCAGAGAAUUUGCUUUAAUAUCCAUGUGGAGGGUGCCAGCGAUGCCCAUUGGUGCUCACAAACUUCUUAGUUUUCUUGCUGAACCUUUGAAGCAACCCACUGAAAAUCUUUUAGCAUUUGAUGAUCAUGACGUUUCUGACUACCUGAAGGAGUUUAGAGACUGGAGUGAGUACUACUCCUGUGAUGCAACAUAUCGCAACUGGCUAAAAUAUGAAUUGGAGAAUGCAGAAGUUUCUUCAUGUGAGCUAUCGAUGGAAGAAAAACAGAAAGUCAUUGGAGCUGCAAGAGAGGCACUCAGCUCUUCACUGUUACUCCUACUAAGGAAGAAAAAUCCUUGGUUGGUUCCAGGUGAAGAUCAAAUUUAUGACACAACAGGACCUGUGUUCCUUGAAUUACAUGCCACAUCAAUCUUGUGUUUGCCUUCUGGUGAAUGUAUGUGUCCAGAUGCCACUUUAUGUGCAACAUUGAUGAGUGCUCUAUACUCUUCGGUGACAGAGGAAGUUGUAUCUAGUCGGCAAUUGACGGUUGACGUGAAGGUUUCUCCUAAGAAUAAUUUCUGUGUUGAUGUUACGCUCCGCUGCUUGGCUGUGGAAGGUGAUGGAUUAGGUCCUCAUGAACUGAAUGAUGGUGGAGUUCUUGCCAGUGUGAUGGCAACAGGCUUUAAAGGUGAAUUGCCUCGAUUUCAAGCUGGUGUCACAAUGGAAAUUUCAAGAUUGGAUGCUUGGUAUUUAAAUGCUGAAGGCUCGCAGAAAGACCCAGCAGCAUACAUUGUGCGUGGUCUCUGCCGUAGGUGCUGUCUUCCGGAAAUAAUUCUACGCUGCAUGCAGGUGUCUGUGUCAUUGGUGGAGUUGAAUGAGGUUCCAGAGAGGUAUGAUGAGUUGAUUGAGCUUGUUGCUUGUCCGGAAACAGGGUUUCUUUAUUUAUUUAGUCAGCAGCAACUGCAGGAAUUUCUGCUCUUUGAAAGGGAGUAUACAAUAUGCUUGAUGGAGCUUCAAGAGGAAAGCCCAAAGGGCGCCCGCGAAGGGUUGUACUAAUGUAAUACUUUAUUUUCGGGACAAGCAGAAUGUGAUACAUUUGUUCCAUGAAAAUUUAGUCCUUAUUUGUCCACUUAAUUAUAGGAAAAUGAGUCUAAUCUGGAAUCUUUAGAAAGAAAGAAAAAGCAAAUGAUCAGAACAAAGAAAAACCUACAGCUAGACUUGAAAUGGGAAAAUGGGCUAUGCUGGAGUGAGCCAUGUAUCUAAUGGACCAUACCAUGGAAGGCCAUGUACGAUAACGAGUUGUGUCUUGUUCGUGUUCACUGCUUUAAUAAACAAUGGCUUGUGACACGUCACGAGCACAUGAGCUGUAUGUACUAUGUUGCAGGCCACAACUUAAUUUCUCUAUAUUUAAUCAUUUUUCUCAAAAUUGGUUAUACAUGGAGGACUUACUGGGCCCAUGUGCGUUUUUUGCGUAGAGUAGUCAGAAUUUACUUGACACUAUAUUUCUCAUGA